CCCGUGGGGACGGUGGGAGCGGGACUGGGGGCUGGUAAGAUGUGACAAGAAGAAUCAGGAGCCAGGAGGAUGCCAGAUUUUUCCAACCAAGUGAAUUCCACAUCCCUGAACUCCCCCACCAGCCGGGGGCCCAUGGCCACCCCGUCCUUGCACCCGUCCAUCGGGCCGGGCAUCGGCUCCUCGCUGGGCUCACCGGGCCAGCUGCACUCGCCCAUCAGCACCCUGAGCUCGCCCAUCAAUGGCAUGGGCCCCCCGUUCUCCGUCAUCAGCUCCCCCAUGGGCCCACACUCGAUGUCUGUCCCCUCCACGCCCAGCCUGGGAUUCGGCACCAGCAGCCCGCAGCUCAACUCGCCCAUGAACUCCGUCACCAGCACAGAAGACAUCAAGCCACCCCUGGGGCUCAAUGGAGUCCUCAAAGUGCCAGCUCAUCCCUCAGGAACGAUGGCCUCCUUCACCAAGCACAUAUGUGCCAUCUGCGGGGACAGAUCUUCGGGUAAACAUUACGGGGUUUACAGCUGUGAGGGCUGCAAAGGCUUCUUCAAGCGCACGGUGCGGAAGGACCUGACCUACACGUGCCGGGACAACAAGGACUGCCUGAUCGACAAGCGCCAGCGCAACCGCUGCCAGUACUGCCGCUACCAGAAGUGUCUGGCCAUGGGCAUGAAGAGAGAAGCCGUGCAGGAGGAGAGGCAGCGGGGGAAGGACCGCAACGAGAACGAGGUGGAGUCCACGAGCAGCGCCAACGAGGACAUGCCCGUGGAAAAGAUCCUGGAGGCUGAGCUGGCCGUGGAGCCAAAGACAGAGACGUACAUCGAGGCAAACAUGGGCCUGACACCCAGCUCGCCCAAUGACCCGGUGACAAACAUCUGCCAGGCAGCAGACAAACAGCUCUUCACCCUGGUGGAGUGGGCCAAGAGGAUCCCCCACUUCUCCGAGCUGCCCCUGGAUGACCAGGUCAUCUUGCUCAGAGCAGGGUGGAACGAGCUCCUCAUUGCCUCCUUCUCUCACCGCUCCAUAGCCGUGAAGGACGGGAUCCUGCUGGCCACGGGGCUGCACGUGCACCGCAACAGCGCGCACAGCGCCGGCGUCGGGGCCAUCUUCGACAGAGUACUGACAGAACUGGUGUCCAAAAUGCGGGACAUGCUGAUGGACAAGACAGAGCUGGGCUGCCUGCGAGCCAUUGUCCUCUUCAACCCCGACUCCAAGGGCCUCUCGAACCCGGCAGAGGUGGAGGCGCUGAGGGAGAAGGUGUACGCGUCGCUAGAGGCUUACUGCAAACACAAAUACCCCGACCAGCCCGGCAGGUUUGCCAAGCUCCUGCUCCGCCUCCCAGCCCUGCGGUCCAUCGGCCUGAAAUGCCUGGAGCACCUCUUCUUCUUCAAGCUAAUAGGCGACACGCCCAUCGACACCUUCCUGAUGGAAAUGCUGGAAGCGCCGCACCAAAUGACUUAGAGACCUCUGCUGGGUCAGUCCCUCUCCCGGCCGGGCUCCCUCGGGGCCCUUCCUCUGCUUUCCUCCGCCCCAGCCCGUCCCCCCCUGCUGCCCCCAGCCCUGGAGGCACCGUCUGAUCCGGGGGACCCCCGGCCGUCCCGGCCUCCUGCCCCCCUGUCCGUUCGCUGUCACUGCUGCGUCUCCAGGCCUGCCCGCUGCUUCCCUGUGCUACUUUAGAGAAGUGGGAGCGGAGAGAGCUUUGCCAACCCCUGCCCCCGCCGUGCCAUGAGGUUUGGGAUGAGCCACCGCAGCUGGUGUCACCCCCAGCCCUCCCCUGGGGACAAGGACGGUGCCAGCCCUCGGGCCAGUGGGGUUUGGACGAGCCGAGGGGAGUGGUUGGACUCUGCCGGAUUGCAGCUGGGCUAUUUUCAGAGGAUGGAGUUUUUGAAAAAGAGAAGAAGAAGACAAAAAAAAAAAAAA